GUCAGCAAAACUGGAGCGGAGGGCGCUGUUCUUGAUGAAGCUAAAAAUAUCAAUAAGUCUUUGUCUGCUUUAGGCAAUGUGAUAUCUGCCUUGGCAGAAGGAACUAAAACCCACGUUCCAUACCGAGACAGCAAAAUGACCCGAAUACUUCAGGAUUCCUUGGGUGGGAACUGCAGAACCACCAUCGUGAUAUGCUGUUCUCCUUCUGUGUUCAAUGAAGCAGAAACAAAGUCGACCCUGAUGUUCGGGCAGCGAGCUAAGACAAUUAAGAACACGGUCUCUGUGAAUCUGGAGCUGACCGCGGAGGAGUGGAAGAAAAAGUACGAGAAGGAGAAAGACAAAAACAAGAGCCUAAAGAAUGUUAUCCAGCAUCUAGAGCUGGAACUGAACAGGUGGAGAAACGGAGAAGCUGUGCCUGAAGAUGAACAGAUCAGUGCGAAGGACCAGAAGAACCUGGAGCCCUGUGAUAACACCCCGAUUAUUGACAACAUCACACCGGUUGUUGCCAGCAUCUCGACAGAGGAGAAGCAGAAAUACGAUGAGGAGAUUGCCAGUCUCUACAGACAGCUGGAUGAUAAGGAUGAUGAAAUCAACCAGCAGAGCCAGUUGGCUGAAAAACUAAAGCAACAGAUGUUGGAUCAAGAGGAGCUUUUGGCCUCCACUAGGAGAGAUUAUGAGAAGAUUCAAGAGGAGCUGACCCGUCUUCAGAUUGAGAACGAAGCAGCGAAAGAUGAAGUAAAAGAGGUCCUUCAAGCCCUGGAAGAAUUAGCUGUCAACUAUGACCAGAAAUCCCAAGAAGUGGAGGACAAAACAAGAGCCAACGAGCAGCUGGCUGAUGAGCUGGCACAGAAGAGUAGUGCCCUGACAGCAACCCAGAGGGAGCUGGGCCAGUUGCAGGAGCUCAGUAACCAUCAGAAGAAGAGAGCUACAGAAAUCUUGAACUUGCUGCUUAAGGACCUGGGAGAGAUUGGGGGAAUCAUUGGUACUAACGAUGUUAAAACAUUAGCAGAUGUGAACGGGGUGAUUGAGGAGGAGUUCACCAUGGCACGGCUUUACAUCAGCAAGAUGAAGUCUGAGGUGAAGUCUCUGGUGAACCGCAGCAAGCAGUUGGAGAGCGCCCAGAUAGACUCCAACAGGAAGAUGAACGCCAGCGAGAGGGAGCUUGCAGCUUGCCAGCUCCUCAUUUCACAACAUGAAGCAAAGAUCAAGUCCCUUACAGACUACAUGCAAAAUAUGGAGCAGAAGAGAAGGCAGCUGGAAGAGUCACAGGACUCUCUCAAUGAAGAACUUGCCAAGUUACGUGCUCAAGAAAAAAUGCACGAAGUCAGUUUCAAGGAUAAGGAGAAGGAGCAUCUGACCCGGCUUCAGGACGCAGAGGAGAUGAAGAAGGCACUGGAGCAGCAGAUGGAGAGCCACAGGGAAGCCCACCAGAAGCAGCUGUCCAGGCUGAGGGAUGAAAUUGAAGAGAAGCAGAAAAUAAUUGAUGAAAUCAGAGAUAUGAAUCAGAAGCUGCAACUGGAACAAGAUAAACUGAGUGCUGAUUAUGAUAAAUUAAAAAUUGAGGACCAGGAAAGAGAAAUGAAACUGGAAAAGCUCAUACUGCUUAAUGAUAAAAGGGAACAAGCAAGAGAAGAUCUUAAGGGGCUGGAGGAAACAGUGGCAAGAGAACUUCAGACUCUUCACAACCUGCGCAAACUGUUCGUGCAAGAUCUCACCACCCGCGUUAAAAAAAGCGUUGAACUUGACAGCGACGACGGAGGUGGAAGUGCUGCACAGAAGCAGAAAAUUUCCUUUCUUGAGAACAACCUGGAACAGCUUACGAAGGUUCACAAACAGUUGGUACGUGAUAAUGCAGAUCUUCGUUGUGAGCUUCCUAAGCUGGAAAAACGACUUAGAGCUACGGCAGAGAGAGUUAAGGCCCUGGAGAGCGCACUGAAGGAGGCCAAGGAGAACGCCAUGCGAGACCGCAAACGGUACCAGCAGGAGGUAGAUCGCAUUAAGGAGGCUGUGAGAGCCAAAAACAUGGCACGGAGAGCACACUCUGCUCAAAUUGCCAAGCCCAUCCGCCCUGGUCAUUACCCAGCGUCUUCUCCAACGGCUGUCCAUGCCAUCCGAGGGGGAGGGAUGUCAAACUCCAGCUACUAUCACACCACCAAAUAGACGAGAAGUCAAUUCCACUUAGCAUGUUAAGGACUGUCAUUAAGUCACUAGUUUCUUUUUUUCCCCUCUCUUCAACCUGAUCCACAUCCUAUUCAUCCUGCGCUUCCUACAGCCAUCUGCAAUGCGCUGGUCCCAGGUAUUUCGAGCUUCGUAGGAUCUCCGCGUGU